AUGACAGAAACAGAGGCGGCGUGGAGCAAGGAGAAACUACUCGCAGGUUUGGGUUGGAUCUUCUCGGGAUCAGCUCUCAGAACUCCGAUCACAGGUUCGGCGGUGGAGGCUUCAGUCAAGUCUCCUCUAGUAGCAGAAGCGGUGGCGAUUAGAGCAGCUCUUUGCAUGGCCACCAACUUGGAAAUCACUUCAAUCGAGGUGCUCUCCGACAACCAAACGCUCGUUCGAGCUAUCUCAGGCAUCACUCAGGCUAAGGAGAUCAUCGGUAUUGUGAAAGACAUCCGAUCGAUUGCCUCUGAGUUUGCAUCUUCUUCGUUUUCCUUCAUUCCUCGAUCUCAAAACACAACCGCUGAUUCUCUGGCUAAAGAGGCCUUGCGUUUUUCUUCUUCUAAUUAUGUGUAA